AACUCGGACAGAAAGCCGUCUUUGAAUCCGAGGCGGAUGAGAUGGCCAGUAAAUUGAACUACGGAAGAAUUCCCCUGCCAGAAAUACGUUUACCUGCAGAGAAAUUGAAACAAAUGAGAGCUAAAGGCUACACUGUGGAGGUGAAAGACCUUAUUAUGGAAAAGGCUGAUGAAGCUCUAAAGAAAUUCCGAAAGUGCCUAAAGGAAACUGCAGUUGUCUAUGCAAAACGAAAUAUGAAACCCAUGUUAAAAGAUGGCUUCCCAACUAAAUAUGAAAGGGAUAAAUUUAUAGAAAUUUAUCAGAGGUAUCUCCCGAUAAAACUGAGUGACGUGAAAAACUAUUCUCUGUGGGUGCGACCAGCUGGCUAUCCAAGAGCACGUGACGGAAAACCACUGUAUCCUGACAAGUUUGCUUUCGGUUCAAAGAUUCCUUAGAACUCUGCUCCGAAACUUCUACAUGAA